AGCUGUCCAUGGGUGUACUGCCGCCGCAUGGCAGCCUUGCACUCGCUUGCCUUGCUACAAUGGCACUGCUGGAAGCGCGCGUAAUUGUGUCAUUGCAGAAGGCAGGUGUUUCUGUGUUUUUGUGGUAGUUUGCGAAAUAUGUACCGGACGAGGACGAUGCGAAAAUUCCGAACAGUUGUUCUGUGCCGGUACGUCCCGGAAAUUGCUCCACAAAGAAAGUGGUCCGAGUGAUUUCUUUUCCGAAGGAAGAAAAUAUGCGACGGAAGUGGAUCCGCUCGAUUCACAGGAAGCAUUCUUUUUGCCAAUGUAUACUGAGCACACCAAGGCGUAAAUAUGCAGGAAAAACCCAGAAGGAGGUUCAGCUACUAUGAAGCACAUCGGAGCAAAAAGACAGUCAUUUUCCUGUCAAGACGUACGCAUUGGCAUGCAGCCUCAAUGGACUUCCUAGUCGAUAUGAUGCCUAGUUUGCGGUUGUUGGUAGGCAAGCAAAUGUGGAACCGCGAAGACUGGAGUGACGUCGUCGCCAUGAAGGGCGCACGGGAAGUCCUCAGGGGAAUCAGGUACCCGGAAGACGCCACCCGGCGGUCUCUGUACGCGUCGUGGCUGAAGGGCCUAGCCUCCACCAGAUUCCAGGAGUCGUUCGACCAUCUCAUGUUGGAGUGCGUGGCCGCCACGCCGUCUCCGACUGCCCCCUGGAAGCCACUGUUCUCCAGCAUCUACAGAGGCCGAGACGUGAUGGACCUGCCGUUCCCGGAUGUAAAAGAGCCCGUGCUGAACCUGCUCAAGAUUCCAAAGCUCUUUGCACAGAAGAAGCUUGAGAAGGUCGAGCCGCUCCCUUCGUCUCCCGGUUUCGUGGACUUCCUCGCCGACCUGAUAAGGAAGAGUCGCAGCUCUCGGGCCGCCCUUAACGAGGCUGGCCUUAUCAUCAGCUUCUACAGCCUGGCGCUGGCCGUUGUGGCAGCGAAGCCAGUGAGAGAAGUGCAGGACUUCUUCCGCACCCGGAUGAAGAGGGCGCUGACCACGGCUGUGCCCACGUCGUUCGACGGAGACGUGUUCUGUCCCAGCGCCAGGUUCCUGGUCCAACUGUCCAAAAAGACGUUCUCGGACGAGGGAGAGGUGAAGCCUUAUAUCGUGCUCUUGGUGCUGGCUCAGUAUGCAUACCUCGUCAGCGCAGCCGAAGCACCGCCCAGCGCCGACGUGAGGUUCCUUGAGGAAGGUUUUCUUACACCAGCCAAGUUCGGUCACCUGGAGGUAAUACAGCUCUUGUACGCUGUGCAAGAGAAGACUACGUUGAGCGCCAAGGUGCUCAACCGCAUCCUGCGCGAUGGCCACUCGCAAGAGGUAGACCUGUCUAGCCAGCGCGUCGCCGAGUUCCUUGCAGACGCUGACGACCCGAUGCAGCGAACGAGGCCGUGGUGCCGCACAGCCGGCUAUAUUUUCUUCCUGCACCUCAACUUGUGCGAUCACGUGGACUACGCCAUGAGGCUGACAGCGUUCCUGGCGCCCGACCCCAACGACCUGUUGUGGCAGAAACCAGAGUUUGCCGAUGUGUCAGCGGCACGCAUGAAGGAUGCUCGGCUCUGGGCCCGCAACUUCAAGCGAGCCUUAAGAAAAGGAAAGUACGGUACAGCCCCCAGAUUAGACCAGUAACGAGUUGGCACAGUUUGAGAAACCCAAGCCAAGGGCAUGCUGGAAUAUUCACUCUUCCCCCGAGAUUAUUACAGCCGGUAUUGCGAGUCUUGCGAUCAAAGCCGCCCCACUGCCAAAUCCAGCAUGAAAACAUGCGGGAAGGUCGUACACUGAUGCUGCACCUUGCGUGAUCUGUGUUCAUUCUUCUGCCAAGUCAACUCCUACAACAAACGCCCUGUCGAACCUUUUACUUUGAAUGUUACUUGGGAUCGUGCAGCGGUUCAAAAAUAUUUUGUGCUAAUACCAUACCAGUGCCAAAUUCAACAUCCAAAAGUACGCCGGAAUAUGUUUUCUCGAAGUUUUCCAUUGCUUCUAGUUUUCAUGAAGCCCUUUUUGGCACUUUGUGUAGCGUUGUUAUUCCAGUGCCAACUCCAGCAAAGGGAUAAUGCUGGAAUGUUUCAUCUUUAAACCUUUCAUUUCAUUAAAAAAUACAGCUACUGCGUUUUGUCAAGUUUUUUGUAGUCAAUAAACGAAUUCAGAUGUUAA